AUUAGCUAUCUUUUGUUCUUGUUUUUGCUCUGAGAUUUGGAGUUUUGAAUUCGCCAGUCACUUUUUGGUUGUUGCUCGAUGAUUUUAAACAAGAAAGGAGCUGCCUCUGUCGCAGCAGCAAACGUCGUCGGUGGAAAGACGGCGAGAGCUUGUGACAGUUGCAUAAAGAAGAGGGCUAGAUGGUACUGUGCUGCUGAUGAUGCAUUUCUAUGUCAGGCCUGCGACUCCUCCGUCCACUCGGCCAACCUGUUGGCCAGGAGACAUGAACGUGUGCGGUUGAAAACGGCGUCGUCGUCCCUCAAGUCUUCAACCAACUCCAGGAGUUGUGAUAAAUCCGAAGUGCCGUCAUGGCACCGAGGAUUCACGAGGAAGCGGCGGACGCCGCGCCAGGGGAAGUCCGGGACUCCUCGGAAUAGGUUUCCUCUUGUUCCCGAAGUCGGAGCGGACGAUCUUUCGUAUGAGGAAAAUGAGGAGGAGCAGCUUUUGUAUAGGGUUCCCAUAUACGAUCCCUUUGUUGCCGAGCUCUGCACUUCUCCUAAUUCCAACACUGUUCCCAAAGGUGUCAAUGGAAAUGAAUCCAGAGCGGUUUCGUUGCCGAAUUAUUACGGUGUGGGUAAUGGAAAUUCACCUUCGUCGCAUGGUUUUGAUCUUCCGAGUGAUAUGGAUCUUGCGGAUUUUGCGGCAGAUGUUGAUAGCUUAUUGGGGAGGGGGCUUGAUGAUGAUGAGCGUUUUGGCAUGGAAGGGUUGGGAUUAAUGGAUUGUCAGGAAAAGGAAUCCACAACGACGGAGGAGGGUAGUACAGGAAGAGUGAAGGUUGAAGAUGAGGAAGAUUCUUAUAUGGCAUGCCAAGCUGAUACGGAGAUUGAUUUGAUGAGGGAGCCUUUUGUGUUGAACUUUGAAGACUACGACGACUCGCCUACUUCCUGCGCCGAAGACGAGGAGGAGGAUUACAAGCUGGGAGCGAGAAUGAGUCAUGGCCAGACGAAGAGUAGUAUUGAAAAGCAUCAAAGUUGCAAGAAGAGGAAGAUAUUUUUGACGCUGGACUAUGAUCAUGUGAUUACUCAAUGGAAUAGCCAGAGCAAAGGAUCUCCGUGGACAUUGGGAGAUCGGCCAGAUUUCGAUUCCGAUUUCCUGCCUGACUUCAUGGGCACUUUAAGUGGAACGGCGUUACAUCAUUACCCCUAUGGAGAAUUGAAUGGAGUAAUUGGGUUACAUCCGGCAAUGACCGAUGGAGGGCGAGACGCGAGGGUGUCAAGGUACAGAGAAAAGAGGAGGACCAGGUUGUUCUCGAAGAAAAUAAGAUACGAAGUUCGGAAGCUUAAUGCUGAGAAGAGACCCAGAAUGAAAGGAAGAUUUGUGAAGAGAGCUUCAUUUGUAACUUCAGGAUCUGUAUUGCCGACGCUUCGUAAAUGAUUAAUCGACGUACAGCUAAAGUUUACUUACAGUAUGUUUUGUUCGUAUACGCAUCAAAUAAAUGUGAGAUUGUAUACGGAUCAAAUAAUUUGUAGACUUACAUAUGUACGUUAAUUCUACGUAUGUUUUUUGGAUGUAGAAUUUGUAUAGCUUGCCUUUUGAAUUAGUUCUCUGUACUACCGAAAAGUAAUUAUCCAAAUUGAUUCAUCGAUCAAUC